AUGUCUCUCACGAACGCAACACCACUAGAUAUUGCUCAGUCGGCUAGGGAAGGCUCAAGAACACUUGCUGUUCUGAAGACCAAGGAGCGCAAUGCCGCAUUGAUUGCAAUCCACGAGGCGCUAGCAGAUGGCAAAGAGGAGGUGCUAGCAGCCAAUGCUAAGGAUCUCGAGGCCGCAAAUAAGGCUGCAGCUGGUGGAACACUUAGCGCAAGUCUGGUGAAGAGGUUAGACCUGGGGAAGCCGGGCAAGUAUGAGGACAUGCUUCAAGGCAUUCUCGAUGUGGUGGCAUUGGAAGACCCAAUCAACAAGACAACCGCAAAGACAUUGCUCGAUGACAACCUCACUCUCUCACGGAUCACAUGUCCCAUUGGCGUACUUUUGAUCAUCUUCGAAGCUCGCCCUGAAGUCAUCGCCAACAUCUCCGCAUUAGCCAUCAAGUCCGGAAACGCAGCUAUUCUGAAGGGUGGACGAGAAUCCAGCAACAGCUUUGCAGCCAUUGCAUCCAUCAUCUCCAAGGCUCUAUCGUCCACAGCAGUCCCUUCCAGUUGUCUGCAGCUCGUCCAGACUCACGAUGUCAUUGCCGACCUCCUCAAGUUAGACACUUACAUCGACUUGUGCAUUCCUCGAGGCGGCAACAAGCUUGUCCGCUACGUUAAGGACUCUACAGCCAUCCCUGUUUUGGGCCACGCAGACGGCAUCUGCUCGAUAUACCUGACGAACGACUACCCUGCCGAGAAGGCAGUCAAGAUCAUCAUCGACGCAAAGUGCUCAUACCCAGCUGGCUGCAACGCGACCGAGCAACUCAUUGUCGAAGAAUCUGCGCUCAGCACAACGCUGCCCGUCGUUGCCGAUGCCCUCCUCAAGAAAGGUGUAUCUCUGCGAUGCGACUCAACCUCUCUCACCACCCUCCAGAGCAAGCUUGACUCGCACUCAUCAACUCUGCUCCAGACCGCUGGCCCCGAAGACUUCGACACCGAAUUCCUCGACUACAUCAUCGCCAUCAAAACCGUGCCUUCCGUCGCCGAAGCAAUCUCACAUAUCAACGCCCACGGCUCCCACCACACCGACGCCAUCCUCACCAACGACGAAUUCACUGCGCGCUCGUUCCUCGCUGCUGUUGACUCGUCAUCUGUGUAUUGGAACACCUCGACCCGCAUGGCCGAUGGCCAGCGCUACGGCUUUGGUACCGAGGUUGGUAUUUCUACGAACAAGAUUCACUCGCGUGGACCUGUUGGAUUGGAGGGAUUGUGUAUCUACAAGUGGGUGAUUGUGGGUGAUGCGCAGGUCAGUGCUGAUUAUGGCGCGAGUGGAAAGCAGUGGAAGCAUCAGAAGCUCGCUGUUGGUGACGAGGAGAGUGUGGCUCAGAAUGAGGAGGAGAGGGAGGUGUUGAGGAAGUUCCGUGCGAGCAAAGGGCAGUAA